AUGAUUUUUACAUGUGUAAUAGGCACUGAAGGCAUAUUCCUGAUAGUGCCCGAAGACGUGCCCAUGGCUCUCAUCGGCAUCUACGGAUUCUCACCACCGGUUCGUGUUGGGAAGGACCACCGCGUGGGUUUCGGGUUCCGAUUUGGCAGCCAUGCGGAUUUUCAGGUCAUGUACGAGUUUGGGCCGCAGAUGCGCACAAAACCCCUUCAGCCUAUCAAAAUCCGUUCGGCAGCAUACAGACAGCGCGUGACGCGGCGACGUCCGCUGUUAGAGCUGCUGCUGCGUGCUGGGCUGCUGGAAGUAGCUGAAGCAGAGGCCGAAGUCUCAUACGACGAGGACCUGGAUCAGCCUAGAUAGCCUGGUGACAGAGACCGUGUCGGAGGGUCUGCCAUCUCGUGACCUGAAUCGAAAGCGAAAACAAUCCACGCUUCUAAGCAGGUACUGCCCCCUACACUUCAUGCUCGCUCUAUUUCGCAUAAGGUGAGAUGGGGUAAGAAUAACAUAGUUUAUAAAAAGUAGCCGCUAAAACCUCGCGUGAUUUGUGCUCAAGCCCCAACUUAUCUUGGUAUGACUCUAAAGUGUUAUUCUUG